AUGGCGGCCCGCUCGGUCAUUUCGGGCCAGUCCCUUCGGCGAGCCCCAAGCUUCUUGCCGCCCCACCGUGAGCUCUUCUCGUCAUCUCGCGCCAAAGCUUCCGUCAUUCCCAACACUAUCACUCUACACCCGCGCUGCCCAAUUCCGCCAGUCAUCUCCCGAAAUUUGAAAGCUGUGCGCGUCAAUUGGAACAAGGCCUCCGUCAUGUUUGCAAGCCGCGCGUUCGCGAGGGUCCGGCCGAACCUUCGUCCACGCAAGCCGACAACGACGAGAACCACGCUCCGCAACACCUCGACAAAUUCCCCUCCCUCCUCUUCCUCCACCGCCCGCGCCGCGCAACGCCUCCUCGACCGCGUCCCCCUCCGUUUUCAGAGAUACACUACAGGCCUCCGGAAAGCGCCUCUGUCGCACAUCAUCGCCUUUCUCGUCCUCCAUGAAAUUACGGCGGUCGUGCCUUUGCUCGGCCUUUUCGGGCUCUUCCACUACACCAAUUUUCUACCUCUCGAAUACGUUACAGGCCACUGGGCGGGGUAUGUCCGCGAUGGGGUCGGUAUGGCAGAGAGGUACUUCAGCAGGAAGGGGUGGUUUGGGUUCGAGGCUAGGGACCGCGGGACCAUGACGGGGGAGCUGGACAAGAGUGAGGAUUUUGAGACAAGUGACUCGACGGCAGAUGCUGGGCAGAGUACGCAUGAUCUGCUGGAGAGUUGGCAGAAGGACGGAAAGUACAAGGUUGUGGUCGAGGUUGCCAUGGCUUGGGCGAUCACGAAGGCACUGCUGCCGGCGCGGAUACUAGUCAGCGUUUGGGGAACGCCUUGGUUUGCGGGCGUCAUGGGAAGAGCACGCGGCAUCUUCAGAUCAAGUCGAUAA